AUGGCGAACGUUAAAAACCAAAACCCUAACAAUCAUCAUAAACAUCAUCACCUUCAUGCUCUCUUGAUCCCAUACCCAUUCCAAGGACAUGUAAACCCAUUCGUACACUUAGCCAUCAAGCUCGCGUCACAGGGGAUUACCGUCACUUUCGUCAAUACUCAUUACAACCACCACCAAAUCAACUCGGGAGAUAUUUUCGCCGGAGUUAGAUCCGAGUCUGGUCUUGACAUUCGUUACGCGACUGUUUCUGAUGGUCUUCCGAUCGGAUUUGACCGGUCGCUAAACCAUGACCAGUACCAAUCCUCGCUGCUCCACGUGUUCUCGGCGCAUGUGGAAGAGCUUGUGGCGAGUCUUGUCGGAGAAGGUGUGAAUGUUAUGAUCGCCGACACAUUCUUUGUGUGGCCGUCGGUGGUUGCGAAGAAGUUUGGUUUGGUUUGUGUCUCGUUUUGGACCGAAGCUGCUUUAGUUUUUUCUCUCUAUUACCAUAUGGAUCUGCUUCGGAUUCAUGGCCAUUUUGGUGCUCAAGAAUCUCGCGGCGAUCUAAUCGAUUACGUUCCCGGAGUUAAAGCUAUAAACCCGAAAGACACGGCGUCGUAUCUUCAAGAAACCGAUAUUUCCUCGGUGGUUCAUCAAAUCAUCAUCAAAGCAUUCGAAGACGUGAAAAAGGUCGAUUUCGUUCUCUGUAACACGAUUCACCAAUUCGAAAACAGAACGAUUCAAGCCCUGAAUUCCAAAAUCCCAUUCUACGCAAUCGGACCGAUAAUCCCGUUCAAUCUCCAAACCGGUUCUUCGGUCACAACGAGUCUCUGGUCAGAAUCCGAUUGCACACAAUGGCUCGACGCUAAACCGGACGGUUCAGUGAUUUACAUCUCUUUCGGGAGCUAUGCUCAUGUCACGAAGAAAGAUUUGGUCGAGAUCGCUCACGGGAUUUUGAUGAGUAAAGUGAAUUUCGUCUGGGUUGUUCGGCCGGACAUCGUUAGCUCCGACGAGAACAAUCCGUUACCGGAGAAAUUCGAAUCGGAAGCUGGAGAUCGCGGGAUCGUGAUUCCUUGGUGUUGUCAGAUGACGGUUUUGUCGCAUCGGAGUAUAGGCGGUUUUUUGACGCAUUGUGGAUGGAAUUCGAUUCUGGAGAGUAUUUGGUGUGAGGUUCCGUUGCUUUGUUUUCCUUUGUUGACUGAUCAGGUAACGAAUCGGAAGCUUGUGGUUGAUGAUUGGGAGAUUGGGAUGAAUCUGUGUGAGGAUCGGGGUUUUGUUGAGAGAGAUGAAGUGAAGAUGAGUAUUGACCGUUUGAUGUGUGGAAAAUCGAGGGAUGAAGUCAAAGAAGCGAUCCGACGGGUGAAAAUGAGUUUAGAAGGUGCUUUGACAAAUGAUGGAUCGUCUGAGAAGAAUUUGGGAUUGUUUAUUGAUGGGCUUUGGGCUAAGGUUGGGAUAACAAAUGGAAAAGCAUAA